AAUCCACUGAGUGCACACUAACACACAGAGGAGGAAGGGUGUGUGUCUUGUGUGAGUAAGAAAGAGUGGGAGACCAAAUCCAAAAGGCAAAAGGAGACAGAAACAGCAAGACAAAGAGCAAGAGACAGAGCCAAUAUUUUUGAGUGAUUUUGACGGGCAGUAAAGGGCCUACAGUGAAGAAAUUACAAGGAUCAAGUCACUGUGUAAUGGAACUUGACUGAGAGGACAACAAACUAGUCCACCUGUUCUGCACACAGGGCUAUUGUUGGAAGAUUGAUCUCUGGAUUUGACUUUUAGAGGACCUAACUCCACUUUGAACUUUUUGAUAAACUGGACAACUCGGUAAUUGAAGACAGUAAGCAAGCGAAAACCAAGAUUUCUGAGGACAUACUGUACACUACAGUUUUAAGUAAGAACAGUAUACAAUUUUAAUCUCUAAACCUAAAUCCUCUAAACUAAAUUUUUUUAAACACUAUAAAAGGACUGAUACUGUAUGAUUUACAGAAAUGUUACUCUGUAUGCAUAGUUUAUAGACUUGUGCAGACAAGUAGAGACAAUACUUCAGACACAAAAGAAAAAUUCAAAAUAUGUCUUAUUUAAAGGUCUAAUUAAAUGUAAUUUACUAUUACAAGCUACUGUACAAACUUCUACAUAACAGUGUAUGAAUGUAACUUGAUCUUAAGCACACUGCUAUAAUUACAAAGCAAGCUCAGGGAAGAAUUACAGACAUUUAUAAUUAAGGCCAAUCUAUAAAAGGCAACCAAGGAGAGGGUGAGGUCUGUGACGGGGAAAAAAAGUUGGCCACAAGGACACAAAGACACAAAGAACAGGACGUCAAUAAUCUCACAAAAAAACAGCUGCUGUAGGGAGACAACACGCACCAUGGAUUCUCACGGAGGACACUACCUCAACAAAGAAGCUGUGCUGUCACCUUUAGGUGCAGCCCGAAUGUGCCAACUGCUACUCGGUUGCACCAUAAUGGCCCUUGUGUCCCACAGCGCAGGCUACAGCGCCUCCUACGGACAUUUCUGCAUGUUCGUGUGGUGCUUCUGCUUUGCUGUCACACUGAUUGUGUUCACCUUGGACAUCACGCGGCUCCACACAUGCAUGCCCAUUUCCUGGGAUAACUUCACUGUGGCCUUUGCCAUGCUGGCAACACUCAUGUACAUCACUGCCUCUGUGGUCUACCCUGUUUACUUCCUCCAAACAGAGUGCCCUGAUGAGGGCUGUGAAGUCCAAAUGUACCGCAUUGCUGUCACUGUCUGCUCCAGCGUCUGCUGCUUUCCCUACGGUGCUGAGGUGUUCCUAACUCGAGCCAAGCCGGGAGCUGUGGUGGGUUACAUGGCCACUGUGUCCGGUCUACUCAAGGUGGUCCAGGCUUUUGUGGCCUGCAUUAUUUUUGGGGCCCUGGCCAAUGACAGUGAGUACACCCUCUACAUUGCCACCCAGUACUGCGUGGUGGUGUACAGCCUGUGCUUCUCUAUCACCGUGAUAGUGGUCAUACUGACAGUUUCUGGUAGGACCUCUGCCCUGCGGUUCCCCUUCGACCGGUUUGUGGUUGUCUACACCUUCUUCGCUGUGAUUCUUUACCUCAGUACUGCACUGAUCUGGCCCAUCUUCAGCUUUGACAAAAAGUAUGGCAACACUACUCGUCCUGAGGACUGCCCACGUGGAGAAUGUCCAUGGGACAGUAAGCUAGUGGUGGCCGUGUUCACCAACGUCAACAUGAUCCUAUAUUUUGUAGACCUUGUUUACUCCCAGAGGAUUCGCUUUGUCUCCAGCUCUGCUGUGUAAAAAAAUGUACCCCUCUAAAGACUGUUGAGAUUUAAAGACAAAUAGAGAAUCGUUGAGGCCACAUCCACAAUGCUCUACACAGUCAGGUCUCUGUGAAGGACUCAUUCCCUUGGAUCCAUAGAUUCAUGGUGUCUUAUCUGUAUUGGAUUUUUUAAUAUCAGUAUUUAUCACCUGUAAGCAGCAAAACUGACAGUAUUACCCUAUUCUACAAACUUAAAAGGCCUUUCCCCAGUUCUACAGUGACCUACCAGGAAGAGACUGCCAGGUGACAUCCCUCUGCUCCAGAUUCCUUUGGUGGUUGCCUACAGAACAGACCUAUGGGAGUAUGGGAUAAUGUUUAGAAUAUCAAAACAGUGUUAUGUCAGUCAGAGUACAAAUGCAAUUUAUUUAUGUAUUAGUAUGUAUUAAAAUGGAUGUAAACACUAAAAUGGAUGAAGAUAUAUCACAGAGAUGAAUAGCAUAUGUUAAGUCUACAAGGUAUGCACUGAACAUAGCUUUUGGUUUCGGCUUUCCUGCCAUUUUGCUGUUUUUUUUCCCCACAUCUUGUUCUUAUAUAGGCUAUGUAAUAAUAAUAUGAAAAAUAAUAAUAUUGAAGUUCAUUAGGAGUUUCCUGCCAUCCAUUGAAUGUUAAAUGUGUUGGAUACAUGGAUUUCUUUAAAGGCAAAACUUUGACAGUAUCACAGUAUUUUAUUUGGGAGAAGCACAAUCAUGUAGUAGAAUAUCAUUGCUUUUGCUAUAUUUCUGAUA